CUGUAGGCUGAUCAUAAACUCAUGCACACAGUUGACAGAGCCUCGACCUAAGCGCUUCAAAGAGGACUCCAGACCUCCAUGUACAUAGCCAUGUGUGGAGCGAGUAUCUACCUACAUAUUCAAAAUGGGCAGUACAGCGCCGCCAGACCAAGGCAACCUCGCUAUCUUAACCAAGGUUGACAAGCUCCGCGAGCUCAUUGGAUCAAAGGUCGCACUUCCUCAGCUGGUCGUUGUCGGAGAUCAAUCAUCAGGGAAGAGCUCUGUACUUGAAGGGCUCACAGGUUUUGGGUUCCCUCGAGAUGCAGAACUCUGCACACGCUAUGCUACCCAGAUUACAUGUCGUCGCGAAACUGAGAAAAGCAUCAGCGUGUCCAUCAUUCCCAGUGAUGAAGCAUCCAGCCAUGACCUGGAACGGAUCAAAAAUUUCCACUGUACCCUUAAGGAGAUGACUCCAGAGAGUCUCGCUAGAGUGUUUAAAGAGGCAAACAAGGCAAUGGGAAUCAGAGCCUCCACGACGUCAACGUCUUCGGAGAGCCUUCCGGCAUUUAGCGAACAUAUUCUGAAGAUUGAGAAGCUUGGGCCAAAGGAGGAACACUUUACGGUUAUUGACGUGCCAGGCAUCUUCCGAAAGGAAACUGAAGGUGUUACUACAGGAGAUGACAUAGAACUUGUGAGAAACAUGGUACAGAAAUAUAUGAAGGAUAGCAGAACCAUUAUACUCGCAAUUAUGCCCAGCAAUGUCGAUCCGGCGACGCAAGAGAUCCUGAAACUGGCUAAGGAGGCAGACCGGAACAUGACAAGAACUAUGGCUGUCCUGACAAAGCCAGAUCUAGCGAUUGAGCGAACACAACAGAGAAUUGUCAUGAACCUUGUUGAGGGAAAUAGAAGUGAUCUAACCUUGGGUUACUACAUCGUCAAGAACCGUGGGCCUGACGAUGUUGACAAGACCUUGGAGCAGGGUCAGGCAGACGAGACAAAGUUUUUCUCCCAGCCUGAAUGGACUAACGUUCGAAGAUUGGGGAAGGCUGGUAUAGCUGCAUUGAAAUCUCGUGUUCGUGGGCUCCUGACCGAUCUAAUCAAGAAGGAGUUUCCAAAGCUCAAAGCGGAAAUCGCGAAGGAGCUGUUAUCGUUGAGAGCCCAGCGUGAUAAGAUGGGCCCCUCGAGGAGCACCCAGGACACCCAACGAGCGUAUCUCAACAAGAUGAGCGAAGAGUUCCAGACAAUAGCUCGAGAUGCAGUCAAUGCGUACUAUACUGGGAACGAGAUCUUCGAUACAAACUAUGAUCUCAGACUCAUCACUCGGAUAGUUGAGGCGCAUGAGAAAUACGCAGAUUCUAUGUGGAAAACCGGCCAUACACGGCCAUUUGCGGAUGACUCGAAGUCUGAAGCAGACGAAUCAAUCCCGGGUACCCCGUCAAACGAGUCAGAGUUCUCCGACCUUGAUUUUUGCCCCGAGCUGGACGAGAUUCUCGACCCCGUUGACCUGAUAAUUCCCGAAACGAGUGGCCCGGAAGAUAUCAUGAAGUAUAUUGGAGAAGUGUACCGAGCCAGUCGCGGACAAGAGUUAGGAACGUUCAACCCCGCCAUGGUAUCGACAAUGUUCAAGGAACAGACCAAGAAAUGGAAGCCGAUAACACUCUCCUAUAUGAACAACGUCAUUAGGACAGUCCAUCGAUUUAUCGUUAAGGUCAUUGGGGAGGUUUGCCCCGAUAGCCGUGUGCGCGAUGAGCUUUGGAACGGGUUCAUUCUCGAAGAACUUCAAAAAUCAUACCGCGAAGCUAUGAAGGAGGCAAAGUUUCUCCUCGCCUUGGAGAGUAAUAGUACCCCACUUACGCUCAACCAUUAUUUCAACAGCAACCUCCAAAAGGCUCAGAGUGAGCGAUUAGUAUCAGCAAUAGAGAAGGUUGGAAAUGAAAGAGGUCUCCGUAACCACUAUGGUACUCAGGAAUCGGGACUCAUCUUGACCAAGGAAAAGCUGGAGACCCUCUCGUUGAACAUGGGGAACUCGGAGUAUAAUCAAUCAUACAUACACGAUAUUUUGAAGUCGUAUUACAAAGUAUCCCAAAAGAAGUUUGUCGAUGUUGUCUGCCAACGGGCGGUCCAGUACCAUCUACUACAAAGCGAGCAAGGCCCUCUCAAGAUAUUCAGUACACAGAUGGUGUUGGGUCUCAAUGAAGAACAGCUGGACAUGAUUGCUGCCGAGGAUUCUCCAGUGAAAAUUCGCAGAGAGAAGCUAGGGAGAGACAUUGAGUACUUUGAAAAGGCUCUGAAAGUCCUAAAAGGCUCUACUUGAAAUGGAACGGGAGGGUAUUGGUCGAUGUUUUGUGUUUUGUGUUUGGGUAGAUGGUGUUGUUAUGUACUGAAUAGGGGAGAUGAUAGUUUAUGCUUAGAUGCAUACUAUACUCUCAAUGCACUGAUAAUGCAACAAAACAAAUGAUAACUAACUAGGGGAACCUUGAAGCUUUGGUGGGGAACAAUGUGGUGGGGCAGUAGAUAAGCAAGCUAAAGGAUAAGGAUAAGAACUUUUGAGCUUUGAAAACUUCAAGGUUCCCUG